CCUUUCCAAUGAUUGGCUGCCGUCCCCUCUACUCUGAGCCGUGCAUUGCAAAGGUGGGAGCCCUUAGGGGAGCUGCGAGGGGAGCCGUGCCUCGUAUUAAGCCUCCGAGCGCGUAGGUAUGCGACCUGCAAUGCAUUCAAUGGGAUUCUUCUCUGCUAAUCCGGGGAGGGAGGGUGCCUGCAGGAAAACGCCAGAUAAAACCCUUUCCUUCUCGGGAAAGGUUGCACCAGUCGAAAAGUGACGCAGCAAUUGAGAUUGUUGCAGGAAUAUUUUUUUAAAAAAUCCCAUUCUUGGCAGCCCUACUUUUAGGUUCCGUGCUCCUAAAAAUCCAGAUUAAAAACAAAACGAGAGUUUUAGUGUGAUUGUUUAUGGGCCCCUGAAAUUUAGUGCGAAUAGGAUUCACCGAAGUCCUCUGAGAAUGGCUGCAUUCGUUAAUUCCUGCAUUGCAGGGGGUUGGACUGGAUGCCCCUGGCGGUUUCCUCCAAACUACAGUUCUGUGAUUCUGUUCGAACCAUAAUGCAACUUUCAUGGAUUUUGUAGAGCCUAUUCCUAACUAGGCAUGCACCAGGGAUUGCUACCAGAUUUGCAAAGGGUUCAGCAGGGGGAGUCCCAGAUUUUUUCAUGAAGCACUGGCCCAGUGAGGCUUGAUGAUGAUAGAGAUGGGUCAGGCAGCUCUGUCCAUAUAUUUCUCGGCUUAUUCCAAGAAAGUAUAACCAGACCCAGAUAUACUAGCUGCUUCUUCCUUACUUUCCAGCAAAUACAAAAAUAAAAGCCAAACCAUGUGUAAUUUAGAAGUUUUGAAUCUCACAGAUUUUGCUGGCCUGCAACUCCCAUGGUUUCUUAGCAUUGCCCAUGUUGGCAGGGGCUGAUGGGACUUGGAGUCCUAUUUGGAGAGCAUCAGUUCACCAUCCCUGAUCUAGAAGAAAAUCCUGUAUAUCCUGCCUGCUUUCUAUGGCUACUGGCAGCUCUGGAAGGGUAGGGCAUUUGCAUUGCAGUAAUGUUAUUUCCACCUCCUCUCAAGUCUUAUAUCCUCCCCUCCAAAAUGGAUGCAUUUGGUAUGGAGACAGAGACAUCUUCCUGUUUGUCUAAUGGUGACAUAUAUAUAUAAGAUAUACUAGCACUCCAUUGCAAAUUCUGCCAAGUACCAGGCGGCCUGGGAACUAACUGUGUGCAUGUACAGUGGUACCUCAGGUUAAGAACUUAAUUCGUUCUGGAGGUCUGUUCUUAACCUGAAACUGUUCUUAACCUGAAGCACCACUUUAGCUAAUGGGGCCUCCUGCUGCUGCCUCGCCACUGGAGCACGAUUUCUGUUCUCAUCCUGAAACAAAGUUCUUAACCCGAGGUAAUAUUUCUGGGUUAGCGGAGUCUGUAACCUGAAGCGUAUGUAACCCGAGGCACCACUGUAAUUCCGAUAUAUUUGGACCUUGAAGCAUCCCUAACUUUGCAUAAUGAGUGCCCAUUGCAGCAAGGUGGGAUUAGCGAGCUAUCAGCAUUUUUCACAGCCAUUUGGGGAUGCAGGCUGCUGGCUUGCCUAACAUAGUUCCGGCCACAGUUGAUGGCCCUGUGUUAAUGUCUCCAGCACCCUUCACUUUAAGUGGGACUAAGCAGGUACAGUAAUCUCAACUAAAGCAUCCCUGACAGAUGGUCAUCCGAACUCUGCUUGGAAACCUCCAAGGAAGGAGCGUCUAUGAGUGGAUAGACAAGCUAAUAUCAUUUGUAGAGGCCAGUAAGUUUCUUGGGUUUGUUUGCAAGGCUCUCUCCAAAAGUCACUUCUGAUGCACAAAUAGCCUGAAAUGUACUCUCUUAAAUAAUAAUAUCCUCAUUCCGCAUAAUUCAGCAAACGGGUUCUAUUUUUCCCAUGGGAAAGCAGGCAAAGCAUCCUAAUCUUACAGUAAAUUAAUUCCUCCGCUAUGCUGGCUCACAUUUAGUGAGAGCUGAGCUCAUUAAACAGUUCAUGGGCGGCUGUUUUGUCUCUAUUCAGCCGGGUCUGCCGCCAUUCCCAAACUCGAUUUCCAUAUUGAAAUGGGGCAGUAUCAGUUUUGCUCGUUCCAAGCAGUUGUGCUUCUAGCUGCGGCUGCAAAAUGCGGCGACAGCUGGUGGCAACUGCGUCUGGCAGACCUGCACAUUGUCGACUGCGCAGCGAAGCAGGUUCCAAAAGAGCACAUUGGCACACAGAAGUUCGUUCUUUCUCCUUUGUAGCUGAAGCAACAGCAAGGAGAUUGCUCUGCAAAAAUAAAGUGCAGUGUAAGAAUUAUCAUUUUUUCUCCCCUUCCAACUAAGGGACAUACAUGUGCAGAGAGAGAUUUCUGGGUGUGCAUCUGUGGCUGAAUGGGAGACACGAAAUGCAGUAAGCGUUCCUGUGCAUGCAUUUCCAGUUCUGGAAAACUGGUAUCCCACUGACUAGUUGUUUGGAACAGAGAAAUGGAUUCUGUUCUCUUCCCCGCCAAACAGCUGAUUGGUGGGUGUUCAAUGCUUUUUAAAAAAAAUGUAUUUUGGAAGUCUCUCCUUGCAUUCUGCUGGGUUGGAAUCUUGGUGUUCAGAAAUGCAGGCUCCUCCUUUCAGUCCCUCUGAUUGGCUCAGGCAUGGAUUCAGAGUCAUCAGAGCCUGCCCGCCACUCGAUCCAUGUGGUUCUGAGAAAUUCUGCCCAUCAGUCUCAGGAUGCCAUUGAAGAGCAAAACCUUUUGCAGCCCCUGACUGUAGGUGAGGCAGCCCUUCUUCCAACCACUUGCACAGUCAGAAAUUGGCCACCUUCUCUCUUCCUAUAAAUAAAAAUAAUAAAAUAAUAAUAAUAAUUAUCCAUAUGAGGAUGAAUGGAGGAGCGCCUCAGUUUCCUUGCAGUUUAUGUGAGUGGGAAUAAUAUUUCCAUAGCCUAGAACAUAGAAUAAUAGAAUUGUAAAGUUGGAAGGGACCACGCGAGGCAUCAAGUCCAACCCCCUGUGUUUCAGAGUUGCGGGGUGUGGGGGGGAGGUGAAUCUUCAUGCCCUUGCUGCCUAAAAGUCACUGUUGCAAAAUCCGCUUCCUGGCAGCUUACUAUGAAUGCUGGAGUGCAAGCAACCUCGGCCUGCGUUGCGAGGAGUGACUUGGCUGCAUUUGGUGAAAAGACUGCACACACUUUUCCCCGAGGUAUUUCAACCAAUUUGUAUGCUUUCCAAUCUACAGAGGUGAUAUGCGGUAGGGUGGGAUCAUUUGAAAGGUUUCUUGAGCAACAUAGAGUAAUAGAAUCAUAGAGUUGGAAGUGACCCUGAGAAUCAUCUAGUCCAUGGGUAGGCAAACUAAGGCUCGGGGCUGGGAUCCGGCCCAAUCACUUUCUAAAUCCGGCCCGCAGACAACCUGGGAAUCAGCAUGUUUUUACAUGAGUAGAAUGUGUCCUGCUGAAAAAGUUUGCUGGCCCCUGAUCUAGUCAGCCCCCCUGCAAUGCAGAACUAUGAAAGUGUCCUGUACGGGCAUCGAACCUGCAACCUCGGCAUUAUCAGCACCACACUGUAACCAGCUGAGCUACCCAGGCACAUGGAAUAGAGCGUGAAAUGGGACCGACUUCUUCCCACUGCUUACAUUUAGAAAAUUGUGUUUUUAAGGCUGUUUUAAGCAUGUAUAUUAUUGUAAGACAAAGGGAAGGGAAAGGUUACAGCCUGAUCUGUUGGUACAGGGCAGAGUGAUGAAUAUAACAAAAGACCUUUUCAGUCUUUGGGUACAUAGCAGAGGUUGGUGAGCCUGUAGCCCUUCAGCUGGACUAGUCGCCUUCCCAGUUGGUAGUAACCUGCCCAGUGGGUCUGUGGCACCAUUCACAUAACAAAAGCUACCAUGGAAAUGUAACUUUUUCUUCUUCUUUCUAAAGUAGGGGGCCCAUAGCUUGGCUUUUGAAAAACAAGGGGUCUAACUGGGGACUUAGCUAACUGGGGACCACUGCACUAGAGGGCAUGACUCUUUUUUUGGAAGAGUCAACAACAACAACAAUUUUAUUUACCGUAUAUCCCACCCAUCUGGUUGGGUUGCCACCCACUCUGGGCGGCUUCCAGCACAUAUAAAAACAUGAUAGAACACCAAACAUACUAUAAGAUUCAAAUCCCAGACUGACCCUGUUUAGGGAGAUGCCUUUGCUUAUACAGUGGUACCUUGGGUUAAGAACUUAAUUCGUUCUGGAGGUCCGUUCUUAACCUGAAACUGUUCUUAACCAGAAGCACCACUUUAGCUAAUGGGGCCUCCUGCUGCUGCCGCGCUGCCGGAGCACAAUUUCUCUUCUCAUCCUGAAGCAAAGUUCUUAACCCGAGGUACUAUUUCUAGGUUAGCGGAGUCUGUAACCUGAAGCGGUCUGUAACCUGAAGCGUAUGUAACCCAAGGUACCACUGUACUAUUAUAUAUGUGGGAAUUAGCCAAGGGGCUUGCUUAGUAUGAGGCAUAGUGGGGAUUUCUGAUACAAACAGAAUCUGGACCUUUGCCUGAUCAUACAAGGCAAUCAGUUUGUUUUUAUAGGCUUAGGUGUUCUCCCCGCCCGCCCCCCAAAGAAAAUACCUCAGUGAAAGGCUUGUCUGCUACAGAACUGUGCCACAGAUAGAGCUGGUGUGUGUAGUGCUUAGAGCUCUGAGUUACUAAUGCAAGCUGAACUCAUAAUUUGGUCCCUUCCCUCCCUUAUGGUUAGCUGGCAUAGAUAGCCAGUACCUGCAGUGAGGUGGUGAUGGUGCCACUUUUGUCACUGCUGUUGUAUAAACCAGCAGGCUUUGAAAAUCAAGGAGGGGAAGAUUUAAGCCCCUACUCAUGCCAUGGCUCUACAGUUUGACUUCUGAUGGAAAAAUCCAAGAAAAAAGCAGAAUUAUCUUUUAAUGAACAUUUCUGCUAAAUAGAUCCGGGAUCCUAAAUGGAACACCAAAAGUGGAAAGAAAAGAUGUUCCCCAUCAUCGUAGUUUGUAAUCUCAGCCUUCAGCAGUCACAUCUGUCAAUUCUCCAAUUUGUUUUGUUGCCAGAGUAACUAAGGUAUUCUAAUGCCAACUUGCACGGUGUUACAUCUGGGCUUUCUAACAGCUCGAGGUUUUUUGUUGUUGUUUUUUAAAAAAAUUGGUUUAAAAUUUAAAAUGUUAAAUCCAGUUUGAAGUGUUGCUAACGUGCUGAGAGCUUUGCAAAGAGCUCUCGUUGGGUCUGGCAGCUGGGGUUGGGCAAAGCUUUAACUGGAAUUCGUUUGACAAGUUCUUUUCUUUGAUUAAGCAAGCUCAGUUAGGGGAAAUGAAGCUGUGCUAUUCAAUAUCACCUAGGGAACUUUGGCAAAAGUGAAUGCUUAAAACAUAGGUCAGAUCAUUGGAUCAGGAAUCGGGGAGGAUUGAAUGCAGGUGCCCACAUGCACGCCACCUCAAUAUAGCAGCGUUGUGCCCUUUCCAGUUUGAUACGAUGCCUGAGCAAUGUGAUGGAUUUAUAUUUAUUAUGAUUUAAUGUUUUUAAACGAGUCACAUUCCUGUGCCGAAAAAGCAGUGCCUGCAGCAACAUGCAAAACCAUUCUCUCUCUCGGGGUUCAGUGUGAGAUAAUAACAUAUUCAAAACUGAUAGCUCAAAUACAGAAUUUAAAACGAGGAUCUUUGCAACAGCAAAUUUAAGCCAGGUGAAACUCUCAUCUCAUGCCCUGGCCUGAGACAAAAUUCAGGAUUUCUAAAAUCAUUAUUCUGAAGAAACAUGAGCUAGGGUGGGUAUUGCACAUGGGUUUUUGCCCUUCUGUGGUUGACAGAACUUCCCUUAUUCUAGACUCCUAAGUUCAUGAAUGCUGAGGUGAAUGCACACUCUCCAUGCUUCAAUUUGGUAUGGCCACACGCAUGACCCUAAUCCUGAUUUUAUCUGUGUUUAUCACAGUCUCUGUGUGUGUUUGCAUACCCUCCAGCAUUUCUCCACUGACAACAGUGAUGUCCUAUUCCAUAAUAAUAUUACUUUUAUUAUUUAUACUUCACCCAUCUGAGUGGGUUGCCCCAGCAUAUAUAGAAACAUAAUAAAACGUUAAAAAAACUUCCCUAUACAGGGCUGCCUUCAGAUGUCUUCUAAAGGUUGCAUAGUUAUUUAUCUCCUUAGCUCAGGGGUCGCAUAACUCCAUACCCUCCGACAUUUCUCCGAUGAAAAUAGUGACAAUAGCAGGACAUUCCAGGAUCAAAUCAGAAACCGGGACGGCUUCUGUAAAUCCAGAACUGUCCCUGGAAAAUAAGGACACUUGGAAGGUCUGUGAUUGGGACUGAAUGCAGAGACUCACCAUAGAUUUCUAAACUUGUCCAACAUGUUGACCACAUUAAACCAACAAGCACUGUCUCUUUCACGCCACUGACAUUUAUAUUAUUGGUAGCAGCCUGUGCCACAGAUUCCCCACAGUUGUCUGUGCUUUAAAACUACAUGCUACAGAUAAGGUGGAGUGUCGGGGUGCAAUUGUUAAACUGUGCUUUGCUCUGCCUUCAGAAGUGCAGAAGGCUGUUGAGAAGGAUGUCGCCGAGUGUCAAGGACAACAUGAAGAACCUGUUUCUUCUUCUCCUGGCGGCCUUUGGACUUUGCUGGACCCAAUACAAGACCAAUCCGAAGCCUGUAAGGACAUCUAUUGUCCACCUCUUUGAGUGGCGCUGGAUUGACAUUGCUCUUGAAUGUGAACGUUACUUAGCCCCAAAUGGAUUUGCAGGUGUCCAGGUUAGUACUCUCUCUUGUUUGCUGAAGGCAAAAUAACUAUCUGGUAGAUUCUGGAUGAGUUUCUACCAUCCAGUUCAUAGCACCCAGUUAAUACACUCAUAGUCUUCUCACCAUGCAUAUAUGAGAUGGAUGGUCCACUGAUAAACCCACGUUUGUCUGGGCCUCACCUCGCAAAGAAUAUUGUGGAGCUGGAAAAGGUUGAGGAAAAUGGCGUCUCAUAUGGCUACUGUGCUGGAGUUUCUUCGCUUAGAACAAAGGAGGAUGUGACAGAGCUAGAUAAAAUGAUGCCUGAUUUGGAGAAAAUGAAUAGGGAGAAGGUUAUCUCUUCUAUCGUAAUAAUAGAACUUGCAGCUAUCCAAUGAAUGUUAGAAAUACUAGAAUCUGGGGCCAUGUUUGAAGGUUCAGGUCAGACAAAAGACCGUCUUUCUUCACAUAACAUGUAGUGUGUAGUUUGACAAAUUCAUGCCUAUGAAGGUUAUCUUCUACCUCCACUGUUGGAUUUAAUGUAAUAUUUUUCUUCCCCCUUAAAGAGGGGAAGAAUCACACAAAUUGGUCUUCUCCGCCUAUAGACCAAGUCAUGGAGUGACUGACUUACACAAUACCUAAAUAUGCCUAAUGGGGAGGAGUUUAUUUGCCUGCUCUGUCCACUAUAAAGCAACAAUUCCCAGCAGGUGAAUUGUGUGAACUUGCCCUCAGUUUACCAGAAUACCAUUUAUUGAGGAUUUGCACUAGGUUAAAUAUUAAUAGAGUUUAGAAAAAGAAGUCCUAGUCAAUGAACUUUAGUUGCAGGGUUUGUGAAUCCUCUGUACUGAGAUAGUAACAAAAACUGUCUCACUAAAGGCUGGACCAGGAUAUGUUAUACUGUACAAAUCGAGACACUUGACACAUAUUUAAGAGCUAGCAUGUGGGACUCAGGCAUCAAGUUUGCCGGGGCUGACCAGUCAGAUCCCUGUCCUACUUCACAGGGUUGUUUUGAGGAUAAAAUUGCUGUGGAGGUUGGAGAACCUUAUAUACCACUGCAAACUUCUUGGAAAACUGCUGCUGUAAAAUGGAACGGAUGAAUAACUUUUUAUAUAUAUAUUAAAAAUCCUUUUAAUCAUUUAUUCUGGUUCUGCGGAAUAAAUGAUAAAAGAGCUAGGCAGGCUACUGAAACUCUGCGCCCUAAGAACUGGAAAUCCCACUCAGCAAAUCCUCUCCCAUCACGACUUCUAAGAUAUUGCAAGUACCAGCUGCAUGCCUUUAAAACUGCCUUUGCAAUCACAAGAGCUAGAAAUUAGCUUUUGAAAGUAAAGCUUUUGCCAAACCAGAAUAAGGCAGGCAUAGGCAAACUCAGCCCUCCAGAUGUUUUGGGACUACAGCUCCCAUCAUCCCUAGCUAACAGGACCAGUGGUCAGGGAUGAUGGGAGUUGUAGUCCCAAAACAUCUGGAGGGCCGAGUUUGCCUAUGCCUGUCCUAAGGCCAAACCGGAACCUACCUCACGAAUCCCUGCAUCCAAUACUAAUACCUGAGUUUGUGCAGUUGGAUUGUGGGAUGCUUAUUAUCUUGCAAAAUCCCACUUUCUUCCCAUAUCAUAUGAUACAUUUUUUCCCCUUUCGCUUGGGAAGCCAUUUUUCAUGCUCCCCAUCUAUCUGAAAUGUAGCAGUCAGACACUAGAGAGGGGACAUUGUGGUCCAUGGUGCCCAGAUAGUGGAAGUUGAGGCCUGGCCUCCCAGCUUCAGAUGUGAAGAAAAGAUGGUAACAUUAUUCCAGUGAGCUUUCCAAUGGGCCACUUCUGGAUUACAUAAAAUGCUACAUAGCCAAGGUAUUGGCGUUUGAAAUGAACGCAUAUGGAGAAAAGCAUCAUAGCUAUUGUUAUGCAUCAGUUAAGAAUACUUGAAGGUAAUAAAAGUGUAUGACUAAGGGAUGCAGGGUCUGUGAUUCCACAGAAAUUAUCUUGGUGGGGGUAUUACAAACCACACACACACACACACACACACACAGACAGACAGACAUCUACCAAAACUAACCAUCCUUAACAUAAUUGCUAAUGUUUGCACUGCUGUAUUUAUUGUCACAUCCGUCACAUUCUUUAGUUUAAACUAUGAUUUAAAAGGGGCCUAUCUACCUUCAAACAUCAGACUGAUAGGAAGAGUUCAAUUACGUUUUUCUCACCUACUCGCUCACUACAUUUUUUAAUUAUAUAGGUUUCUCCUCCAAAUGAAAACCUUGUCGUUACGAGUCCCUGGAGGCCAUGGUGGGAAAGAUAUCAACCAAUCAGUUACAAGUUAUGUUCGCGUUCUGGAAAUGAAAAUGAAUUUAGAGACAUGGUGACCAGGUGCAACAAUGUCGGAGUAAGUGGCUUUCAGUGGCUAUUUAUUUUUGGACAAUCCUGCUUUUCAACCCAAAGAACGUUGAAGAGCAUAAUAAACCAACAAUCGAUUAAAAUGCUAAGACUGCAAAAUUCUGAGGCAAAAAUAAUGGGAAGCCUUUCCAAGCUGGAAGAUUGGGAAGGCUACAUCCUGAACGCUAAGGACUAGAAACCUGAACAAACAUAGAGAGGUGCUAGAAGAAGCUAAAACAGAUCACUGGAAAUAAGUGGCUUGCUAACUACCAUGCAACUCUGCUCCUUGUAUCUUCCGCAGGUGUAUAUCUAUGUGGACGUUGUAAUCAACCAUAUGUGUGGCUCUGGGGCUGGCUCUGGGAACCGGGGGACUUGUGGCAGUUAUUUCAAUGCAGGGACCCGAGAUUUCCCAGCCGUCCCAUACUCUAGCUUUGAUUUCAAUGACGAGAUAUGCAAAACACCCAGUGGGGAUAUAGAGAAUUACAGUGAUCCUGUUCAGGUAAGCUUUACACUAUUGAUACCUGAUAUCCCUGGCUCUCUUAAGAUGCUGUUGGACAUCAUCUCCCAUCAGCCUCAGCAAUGUGGCCAUUGGUUAAGGCAUCAUGGGAGUUGGAGCCCAGUGACACCUGGAAGACUCCAGCUUCCCCUCUUACAAUAUAGCUAAGCUACCAAUACCAUUUAUUUCCUUCACGGGAUCUUAUUGGGUCUUAGGUUUGAAAUUGUGUUCCAAAUGUAUUUUUUGUUCUUUAAAUGGCCAAUAAUAAUAAUAAUAAUAAUUUAUUUAUACCCCGCCCAUCUGGCUGGGUUUCCCCAGCCACUCUGGGUGUCUUCCAACCGAAUAUUAAAAACAAUACAGUGUCAGACUUUAAAAACUUCCCUAAACAGGGCCGCCUUUAGUUGUCUUUUAAAAGUAAAAUAGUUGCUUAUUGCCUUGACAUCUGCUGGUAGGGCGUUCCACAGGGCAGGUGCCACUACCAAGAAGGCCCUCCUCCUGGUUCCCUGUAACCUCACUUUUCACAGAGAGAGAACCACCAGAAGGCCCUCAGUGCUGGAUGGACUGGAUGAUGGGGGUGGAGAUGAAUAAAUUGGUGGCGUCAGUAGAUCCUAAGAGCUUUUGUUCAGGACGGGUGUUGGGCAGCUGUCACAAAUACUUUGGUUAUUGUGUGUUUAUGCUUUGGCCGCUGAACCAAUGGCGGUUUUCCCCACACGCACAGGUUCGCAACUGUCGCCUGUCUGGUCUCGUCGACCUCACGCAAAGGAGGGAUGACGUGCGUUCAAAAAUGGCCGACUACCUCAACCACCUGAUUGAUAUUGGUGUAGCGGGGUUCCGAAUCGAUGCUUCCAAGCACAUGUGGCCUGAGGACAUCGCUGCUAUUUUAAGCAAAGCACAUGACCUCAACACACGGUGGUUUGCCAAAGGUUCACGGCCUUUUGUCUAUCAGGAGGUAAGUAACAGGGAUUCUAAGCAUUUUGUCUAGCACUUUCCAGUGUUCAAACUGUUCUGCAUGCCGUACUUACUUAUGUGUCAGGCUUCGGGGAAUCGGCUUCCUCCCCCCAUGGCAGUAGAUAAGAAGAUCAAAGAAAGGAACAUCUUACCAGUCAGAAACUUUAAUAAUCACAGCGAGAGAACAACAAUAAAUUUAAUAAUCGCAGCGAGAGAAGAUAUCUCCUAGAAAUGGUGGUGUUUCCAAUUAAGGAUUACACCCCCUUCCAUUCCUAUGAAUCUACGUAACUCCUACAUCUUGUAAUCUGAGCUUGUACGCUCUGUGCUUUCCGUUCUGCCACUUUCUGAGCUCUUCUUGACCUUGGGCUGAGCAGAGGAAUUCUGUCCAGAGACCGUGAAUCUGUUAACCCUCUCCCUUCCAGUGUUUCUUCUCCUAGCUGUUCCCCAUCCAGUAUUUCCCAGCUUCUGCCUUCUGAACUAGGCCCCUCUGCAAACCACUGUUCCAAAUCUAUACUGUCCUCCUGCUCCUGGGAAGAGGCAGGAGCAGGGGGAGGGGGUGGCUCCCACCAUUCCUCCUCAGUGCAGCCCUCCUCAACAUGGUCCCUGACAUCACACAUUCUCUCCCUGGGGGGCUCUUGGGCUGGCGGCUCCCAGCUCUCCUCCUCAUCCAACCAGGUUCAGACAGGUGGACAGGAAGCACUCCACAAUGCAACAUUUUGCUGGAAGUCUAACUUGUAUGCUCCGAAUGCCAGAUACACAGGCAUCUGUUGUUUGGAACAGAAUGCUAGACCUCAUGGAGCUUUGGUCUUACCCAACAAGGCAAUUAUUUUCUCCAAGUCAACCCUUAAAGGUAAAGGUAAAGGGACCCCUAGCCAUUAGGUCCAGUCGUGACCAACUCUGGGGUUGCAGCGCUCAUCUUACUUUACUGUCCGAGGGAGCCAGUGUACAGCUUCCGGGUCGUGUGGCCAGCAUGACUAAGCUGCUUCUGGCGAACCAGAGCAGCACACAGAAACACUGUUUACCUUCCCGCCGGAGCAGUACCUAUUUAUCUACUUGCACUUUGACGUGCUUUCGAACUGCUAGGUUGGCAGGAGCAGGGACCGAGCAACGGAAGCUCACCCCGUUGUGGGGAUUUGAACCGCCGACCUUCUGGUCGGCAAGUCCUAGACUCUGUGUUUUAACCCACAGCGCCACCCGCGUCCCAAGUCAACCCUUAGAUAUUGCUUAAAAGAAUGGAAGAACUGAUACACUUGGGCACAACUGCUGCUAGUGCAAAUAUUGGGUUGGGAAGGAGUUUGCUGUUCCAUGUGGAGCCCUUUGUAAGAACCGUUAAUUUUAGUGCAUUGCGAUUGGCGGGACUUGAAAGUGCUUCAGGUCAGCUGCUUCACGUCCUGAUAUAUUUCCAUUGUUCACGCUAGUGCCUCGUUUCAAAAGUGUAAGAUGCUAGAGCCCAGAGGAAACCAGCUCCAUAAGGUAAUGGCCAUAAUAGCCAAAACCAUUUCUCUGGUCAUAUUGGAGAUAAGUCGAAAUUGAUACCACUAGAUGUAACACAGUACGUACCACGAGAUAUUUACGUCUUAGUUCAGCUCGCCGACUAUUCCUGUAGUAGCCUACCUUCUCUCAGUGAUGUUGGUUUCUGCAGCAAAUUGAAAUCAAUAUCGUGUAUCCUUUUUCUCUGUGUCUUCCCCCGGCUUUUUCCAGGUAAUUGACUUGGGCGGUGAAGCGGUCCACAGCUCUGAAUACUUCAGAAACGGCCGGGUGACUGAGUUUAAAUAUGGCGCAGAACUCGGGACAGUCCUCCGCAAGUGGAACGGAGAAAAGAUGGCAAAUUUAAAGUAAUUUGCUUUAGACUCAAUCCAUACCCAGGUGCCCAUGCACUGAGGGUGGGGCCCCCUGCAUGCAGAUGGAAGCCAAACACUGCAGAUGUCUGUCCCCCAUUGCUAGCGCAAUAAUACAAUCAUGGCCUACAACGGGAGUGGGGUUUGUAUAUGAAACUCCACAGGUGUGCUUUUCAGCCUAUAUUCGGAAGGACAGGAUUAUUCAUUCCCCCCCCACACACACCUUUUUAAAAAAAUAAAAAUGCAAAAAUGUGUAGUGGUUCCCUGACUGGAAUUUCUUCCCCCUGGAAACCCAAAUGGAUCCAACACUUUUGGCAUUUUGGUCCAUUUGCCCAAGAGGUUAUGGAGCAUUAGCUGCCACUGCAAUUCUGAGUAUUUUAUUACCUGUUUUAUGACAGAUACUGGGUGCUUUUAUAACCCCAAUCCUUACCUGGCUUUACUGGCUGUCAGUUAGUUUCCAGGUCCAAUUCAAAGUGCUGGUGUUGACCUAUAAAUUCUUAGGCAGCUCAGGACCUCAAUAACGUAAAAACCACUUCUCUCCAUAAGAACCAACCCAGACUCUGUACUUGUCACCUGAGGCCCUUCUCGAUGUUCCCCCUCCCUGAGAGGUCCAGACUCCUGACCAGUCGUGACCGACUCUGGGGUUUCGGCGCUCAUCUCGCUUUAUUGGCCGAGGGAGCCGGCGUACAGCUUCCGGGUCAUGUGGCCAGCAUGACUAAGCCACUUCUGGCGAACCAGAGCAGUGCACGGAAAUGCCCUUUACCUUCCCGCCGGAGUGGUACCUAUUUAUCUACUUGCACUUCGACGUGCUUUCGUAUAGAAUACAGCAAAACGUACAAAACCAUGUAAAAGGAUCAAAUUGAGAAACAAGGACACCAACAAGAAAUAAUAAAAUUAUUUCUAAAAACUGUCUCUGAACAUAAGAAUUGGCCUUUUCUGUGGUGGUUCCUCGACUGUGGAAUGCUCUCCCCAGAGAAGUCUUUAGGUGCCAAGCAAACCAUUCCUCUUUUCCAAGGACUUUGCCCAUUAAAUAAUCUAAGGCCUGUUAAAGGUGGGGAUUAUCAGACCAUUAUUAUGAUCAUUUUUUAUUAUGCUAUCUGUCAUCAUGCUUUUUAUUAUGUUAUUAUUAUUAUGCUCUGUAAAAUUUGUUUUAUCUUUUGAUAAAAGGCAGUAUAUAAAUCAAAUUCAUCAUUAUCAUCGUUAUCAUCAUCUUCACCAAACUUCUAAAGCUGUGCUUUUACCUGCUCUUAAGCUGUCUGGAAUGGUUUUUGUUUCAGUUUGGCUGUCACCCCCUCAGAGAUCGUGUAAUGAGCAGUGGGCUAAAAAAAUAUACCUGGUAAAUAAACAGUAGUUUGCACCAAAGUGAAUUGUGAAUAAAGUUUUGAUUAUUUCUUCACAAUUUAGGCGCUGGGGAGAAAACUGGAGUUUGAUGCCUUCUGACAAAGCCAUUGUCUUUGUAGAUAACCACGACAACCAGAGGGGCCAUGGUGCUGGUGGAGCCUCCAUUCUUACUUUCUGGAACCCAAGGUAAGGUUAUUGAGCAACAAUGUUUAUUUCCUGAGGUCUGAAUAUCCAGGCAUGUUGAUAUCAAAAGCAGUUCAGAAGAGAAGGAAUCCUAUUGGUCUGCUGGGUACCCAAUGGUAAAACAACAACAACAAACCUAUGGUUAUGUGAAACAUUCUCAAUAAACACACAAGAAGUAACCGGCUGCACUUUUGCAUAAAUAAGGUAUACUAUUCAUUGUAUCAAAUGGUAGAUUUCAACGGAAGUCUCAUAAAGUUCAACGAAAAAAGCAGAAGACCCAGUGGAUCAGUUCAUUCGCUAGUCAGUUCAUGCAUAAGGUCCGUACAAGUAUAAGUAUCUGUUCCACCUGUCUAUUCAUAGAGUCCAAUAAUCCACAUGAAGGGUUGUUACAGUUCCACAGAAUCCUUUCACAGAGUCUAAGAUAAGGAUUUCCGGUAUAUUAGCCUUGUUUCGCCACUACUAUGCUAUGAGAUCCACUAUCCUGUAACAUUACAUAUGAGCCUGUUCUACUGAUGAAGCCUAGGCUAAUGUGGAUUAUUGGACAUACAUUAAUAUAUAAAAAUUUCUUCCCAUACAUUAAUAUAUAAAAAUGUGUAUAGUCUUAUUAUCCAAAUACUAAUUUCUUUAUCAGUAACCUCAUAUAUUCUAUAUAAAGUCAUUCCAAAUAUCAUUACAUUUAUCCAAAGUAAUUAUUUGUCUAUAAAUUGGAACAUUACUGUGCUGUAUCUAAUCUCUGCUUGAAUGAUCUUCCUAUUGAAGAGAUUUUUGCUGGUCUGACUCAGUGUUUUAAAAAUGUACAUAUUUGGAGAAAGUGGCAGGACUCAGAAUGCCCUCUGGAUGGUGCUAGCAUCAAACAUCCUUGGCUAUUGGCCAUGCUGACUGCAGCUGAUGGGAGUUGGUCUCCAUCAAUGUCUAGAGGGCAGCAUGUUGGCUGCUUCUGCACUUGUACAUAAACUACCUAUAAUGAAUUAUUAGUGUGGUGCAGAAUUCAGGUUUCCUUGGCAGUAUACACAGCAUGAAUGUAAGACACCUGAGAACUGUACUAUCGGGAAUGGGGAGUUGCUUUGGAAGAGAAUAUGAAAUUCUUGGGCCUGCUUAUUUUCUGUACUCUGGUACACUUUUGGCAACUAGGUGCCUCUUAUCCAUUUUUCAGACUCUAUAAGAUGGCAGUUGGGUUUAUGCUUGCUCACCCUUAUGGAUUUACACGAAUAAUGUCAAGUUACAGGUGGCCAAGAGUUAUCCAGCAUGGAAAGGUAACUUUAUUCCGGUUCACAACAGCUAUUUGUUAAUUCCAUAUCAAAGGCGUUCUGUCUUAAGGGAUAGUAUUGACACUUGGAAAACAGGUUUUUUGGCCCCAAAGCCAGAGCAACCGUUGAAAUCUAUGCUUUAAGUUGGCUGUUACCAACUUAGCAGUGUUAUCCUGUGCAUGUCUACACCCAGAAGUAAGAUUUACUGGAUUCAGUGGGACUUACUUUCAGGUAACCGUCAUAGGAUAGCGGUCUUUUGUCUUGAUUAGUUUUGGUGAGAUUUAAGGAGGACUCAUGUUUUUGACUGAGAUCACUGACUGCAAAGCCCUCCUCCCUCCCAUACGAACAUAAUAGACUUAGGCGGGCUUCCACAAUAAAUUUAGCCUGAGGCUGUGCCUCACAACUAUCAGGCCAUCAAACCUAGUAUGCAAGGAUGGGCUAUGUCAGGGACUGGCAGGACGAAGAGGAGUGGUGGGAGACAACAGCCGGGGAACCUUAAGGGAAGCCUGAGAGAAGGUAGGCUCAGAGCCUGGGGAGUGGUGGUGGGACACUGAGGACAGGUCAGAGGAUGAAAGAGGGUGGCAGAAUGGUGGGAGGCUGAAGAAACAACAGGUUUGAGUCAGAGAGAAGAGCCAGAUGCAGAAAGCAGUGCAGACUCAAGACAUGAAGCAGAGAAGGAGGGGCCAGAGGCUGAAUAAGCAGAGCUUGCCUUUCCUACUGUAGUAAGCUCCCCUCCCCCUUGUCUCCAAGGUCCCUGACAUAGUUUAAGGCUGCUGGGGAGACAUCCAGCUAGGGAGGAGACUUAGUGAGAAGUAGAAGGCAAAGACCUUCAGUUCUGGCAACAGUUUCAUAGGGGCCAGUCCUGUUUGUGGGCAUUGCUGCCUGGUACACUGUUUUCUUGAAUGAAGAGCGAACUUUCCUGCCUGUCUCUGCAUCUUGAGUGCUGACCUGCAUCAGAACCAACCCUGACAGACAAGCACAUCAGUGUAGUCCAGUCUCAGAAAAUUUGCUUGCUAUGAAGGUUCACCAGUAUAAUCAAGUAAAUUUGGAAGCCUUGUUGUUGUACUUUAAAUCAGGGCAGAUCUGUCAUAAGUCACAUGGCCCAACUACAACUCCCAUCAUACCUGACUAUUGCCCAUGCUGGUUGGGGCUGAGAACUGGAGGGACACAGGUUAGCUACCCCUGUUCUAAAUGGAGGCCAUGACUACUCAUUUGGGGAAUAAACUAGUCUAUCGUGCUGCCAUGACUUACGACAGACCUGGUCUGGUUUAAGGUACAUCAACCAGCAUGUUGAGACUCACGGCCAGCAAAUUUUAUUCGGCAUGUUAUAGUGUCAUUUCUUGUUGUCUAAUCACUUUAAAUGUCAUCUUCCAUAACUAGGACCUAAAUGACUGGGUUGGACCACCUAGCAACAGUGAUGGAUCAAUUAAACCUGUUACGAUUAACACAAAUGGCACCUGUGGUAACGGCUGGGUCUGCGAACAUCGUUGGAAUCAAAUAAGGUAAUGGAAGCUGCCAGAUGUGUCAUCUGUUCCUGCGGGAGCCUUCUUGAGAUGGAGAAAGCCUGUUUCUCCAGAUGUUUAGGAUUCCAGUGACUUGUGCCGUUUGCAUAAGGAAGUGAUACACGUGUCUUAUUUCUAGGAACAUGGUGACAUUCCGAAAUGUAGUGUACGGCCAACCUAUUACGAGGUGGUGGGAUGAUGACGACAACCAGGUAGCAUUUGGACGUGAUGGCAAAGGAUUCGUUGUGUUUAAUAAUGAUGACAGGUAAUGUUUUUAUGUAGAGAUGAAGGCGUUCAGAAAUUAUGCGUAGCAAGUCAUUUGCCAAAUUUGUAUAGCAGAUUAAUUUUGCUGCUUGUCUUUUGCAUGUCUGCUUGUGCACCCAGGGGAGCAAAUGAUCCAGGAGUACAGAAUGACAAUGUGACCAGAAGCAUAUACAGUGGUACCUCGGGUUACAUACGCUUCAGGUUACAUACGCUUCAGGUUACAGACUCUGCUAACCCAGAAAUAGUGCUUCAGGUUAAGAACUUUGCUUCAGGAUGAGAACAGAAAUUGUGCUCCGGCGGCGCGGCAGCAGCAGGAGGCCCCAUUAACUAAAGGGGUGCUUCAGGUGAAGAACAGUUUCAUGUUAAGAACAGACCUCCGGAAGUACUUAACCUGAGGUACCACUGUAAACUUGAGUAUGUAAAAUGGCAUAAAAAAUUUAAAAUUAUUAUUUUUGUUUUCUUUUGUACAGGGCGUUGUCGGUAACAUUACCAACCGGUCUUCCCCCUGGCACUUAUUGCGAUGUUAUUUCGGGAGGAAAGGAAGGCAACCUCUGCACUGGAACGCAAAUCCGCGUUGCUGCUAAUGGCACUGCUCAUUUUCAACUUAACAGCCAAACUGAAAAUCCAUUCAUUGCAAUUCAUGUCGAAGCCAAGCUGUAAUCCACACUGAAUCUCUUUUUGUUUGUUUUUCUGUCUUAGCUCUUCUAAGCUUUAUGAAGCUAAAUUAAAGUAAAAUGCAAAACCUCAUAAAUUAUCUCUAGAUGAAUAAAAGUCACUUGUGGCUCA